AUGAGGUGUGGAAUUUCGAUUUCUAGUGUAAAAGUGGUUGCCUAUCCGUGUUGCAGUAAAUAUCAAUUUCUAUUUCAUUUUUUAAACCGCAACUGUUACAAUAUAAAUAUAUUGCAUAUAUAUUCAUACAUUAUUGAGCAACAAAUCGUUUUAAAGACAUCUGGUACUCUUCAUUAUUUUUUGUAUACUGACAACGUUGCAGAGUAUUCCCCCAUUUCUCUAACUCCACAGAUUACCAACAUUUUUUGGUAUUCAAAGUCCUGCAUUUUUUUUGUAAUCAUGCCUAGGACUCCGAGGUACUGCUGUUUAUGCAAAUCAAAAAGGACUGAUGGUGUUGUAUUGCACGGAUUUCCAAAAAAUCCAACCAUGACUGCACUAUGGAAACAAGCCUGUGGACUUCUUCCAAAUUGUAAGGUUACAACAUUGUGUGUAUGCUCAAGACAUUUUCAAGAGGACAACUACUUUGAACACACUGCCACAUUGAGAUUUGGUUCAAUUCCAUCUGUAGAUGUUCCUGGAAGUACCACAUUAGUGGAAGACAAUACCAGUGAGUUGUCUAGUCCUGCACAAAAUGAGUUAGAUUUUGAAAGUCCUUGUGGUGAAAAUAUAUUAAAUGUAAACCAAUUUUCUGAUGAAAUUAUGGAUGUCCUAGAAGACAUAGCAUUUGUAGAGGCUCCUUUUUAUAGAGAAAAUUAUGUAUGGGACAUAAACAACUUAUCAAAUCAAAAUAAUUUAUUUAACAACGUUAAUAAAGAAACAUAUAAUCAACUUGGGGUAAAUGGAGAUUUUCCCGAAAAAUGUUCAAAAUUGAAUAAAUCUCAAGUAUCACAGGAAGAUGAAGAGAGGAUGGUCAGAGGCUUGUCUCCUGAAGUUGCCACUCCAAGAAAGGCGAAAAGAGCCUUGUUCCACGCUCGAUACGUGCAGGAUAAAUUAAGAGAAAAAAUUAAGAAGCUUACUGAUGAUAACAGACGACUUCGAAGCCGCGUGAGUUUGUUGGAGAAGACAACUAAUAUAAGAAAGCAGCAUGUUACUGCAGAAGGUAACAAAGACUAAUGAAAUUUAAACCAAUAAUAAUAGAACUAAUAAAGACUGCAAUAAUUAAUAUGUUAACUAUUUAGACUGAUACAUAUAUAAGACAAGACAAAUAAGAAGUAUUAUACAUUGUUUAAAUAUAUUUAUAUUAAGAAUG